AUGUAAAAAAAAAUUAACUUUAUCUAAAUAGCUUUGACUUUGAUUAUUCUCUCAAUUUCAUUGAGACAAGUUUUUUCUACUCCUCUUUGGUCAGUUGAAAAGGCAAAUGAUUGGUAUAAUAAAAUAGGAUGGAGAGUAGGAUGUAAUUUUAUUCCUUCCACUGCUGUCAAUUAGCUUGAAAUGUGGUAGGAAGAAACUUUUGAUCCUUAAACUAUUUAAAAGGAACUUUAACUAGCAAACAGCAUUGGCUUUAAUACAGUUAGAGUAUUUUUGCAUUAUCUAGCUUGGGGAGAAGAUAAAACUGGCUUUAAAAGUAGGAUGAACACAUUCUUAAAUAUUACUGAGUAAUUUAACAUAAAAACAAUUUUUGUUUUAUUUGAUGAUUGUUGGAAGAAUGAUCCUCACAUUGGCUAACAACCAGCUCCUAUACCAGGUGUUCAUAAUAGUUAGUGGGUUUAAUGUCCAGGAACAUCUCAGCCGGUUUAUGGCAGUUACAAGGAGUAUGUUUAAGAUAUACUUAAUGAAUUUGCUGAUGACAAUAGAGUUUUAUUCUGGGAUUUGUAUAAUGAGCCUGGUAAUUCUAACCAUAAUGAAAGCAGAUUGAGUUUAUUACAAGAUGUAUUUAAAUACGCUAGAGAAGUGAAUAUCUCACAACCAGUUACUGCUGGAAUUUGGAAUUUCUUUAAAAAGUUGAAUUCCUUUUAAAUAGAAAAUUCUGAUAUUAUUACUUUCCAUUUGUAUUCUUUACCUCAAGUACUUGAGAUUGAAAUCAAAAACCUUAAAAAGCAUGGCAGACCUAUCAUUUGUACAGAAUAUAUGGCCAGAACUAUUGGAUCUACUUUUAAAAAUUCAUUACCAAUCUUUAAAAAGCAUAAUGUUGGUGCUAUAAAUUGGGGGUUAGUUUUUGGUAAAACAUAAACUGUUUUUCCUUGGAAAUCACCAGAAGGAGCUCCUAUCCCUAAAGUUUGGUUCCAUGAUAUCUUUUGGAAAAAUUCAACUUGCUUCUCAUAGGAUGAAUGCUCAUUUAUCAAAAAUAUUACUUCUAAUUAGUAUACAGAAACAGUAUGA